AUGCAAGAGUGUUUGACCAGCCCAAGCAUUCCAUUGAUGAGUGGCACAGGUGGAGACUGCUUCUCAAUUUGCUUCUUCACCACCUGGCUCUGCGAAGGCAUCUUCGACAUCGCUGACAACAUCUGCGACGCCUAUGCCGACAUUGGCAGCAUAGGCUUUGGUGCAGCGGUCACGGCCGGCGUGGCCGCAGCGAUCCCAGGAGUGCUUUGGGACCUGCCAAUGGCAGCGACCCUGGGCCUGCUUGCGAAGGAAUUCGUUGAGCCUCUCUUUGACCGCGUCGUUGAGCGAGUCUGCCAGCCAACGGACACGCUGGGAGACAGCAUCGCUUUGACGGAUGAGUGCAUGGAUGCCAUGAAGUACUUCGCAGGCUCUUUUGACAACAUCGUUGAGACCGCCGGGACAGACCUCAACGGCAUGUUGACCGGAAACAUCCAAGACUGCUGCAGCACAGUGAUGCGCCGGCGGCGCCGGCUCGGCUACUGCAGCAACGUGGAAAGACGCCGGCGAUGCCUCGUGGACUGGAACCCGACGGACCACGAUGAGUGCUACAACCCAGAAGACGAGCUGCUGGAGGAUUAUGAGGAAGGCCUCACUGUCACGAUGGAGAGCGCCACCAACUUACCCAACACCGACUGGCCAAUUGGGCAGAUUGACCCCUACGUUACCUGCGAGGAUGAGGAUGGCGAUAGCUACUUCCAGACGCAGGCCCUGGAUGAUGGCGGAACCAGCCCAACCUGGUACUCUGGCAACUCCGGAUGGUUGUCGGACUGGGAGGAGGGCGAGGACAUCGUAUGCGAGAUCUGGGAUGAGGACUCCUUGCGCCUGGACGACAAGCUCGGCAGCUUCGUCAUCCCGGCCUCAUCUUUGGAUGGUUUGGACGAUCACGACGGGGACAGCGUAGCGUCAGUGAAGGUCACCGUUCCGGUGGACAUCAGCUCCUGGAGGUCUGGCAAGAGCUUCCGUGGAAACGCGUCCAACGCAUCCAACAUAUCCAGAACCAAGGUUUCCACCCAGGGAACAGCGACGGCCCAGGUCCAACGUGGCAAUACGGCGCAGCCUUCCUGCCCAGGCAAGGAAAGGGGCAACAAUGCCAAGUGCGAUGCGGAGAAGACCUUGAGAACACGCUGCCACAAGUGCAUGAUCUACGAGCCCUGUGCGAGCGGUAGGAAGGACACUCCUAGCACUUCCUUUGGCAACGUUGAGGUGUGCUCCCACCGAUAUGAUUACGUGAGGAACAAGAUGGCCAGCGAUCUCGUCAUCCCUUUCGAGGUGCUCCGGGGAGUGGAGGAUAUCGAAAAUCCAAAUGGUGGCAGGGUGCCAGCCCCCCAGGAUGGCUUUUGGCAAUGGGCUGAUGAAAAGUGCACGAAGCACUGGGCCCCAACAAGGGGCUUGCCCAAAGAGGAGUGCUUAUUGCUGAUCAAUGAACGAAAUCGUCGCACACA